CAGACCUUGAAGUCAGUCGAUCCACCAGGCUCACUAGCUAUAGUUGAGCUGCUAGUACUCACUCACCUGAGACAUCUAGGCUAGUAGUAGACUGCCGCGGCCCGCCUAGGCAUCGUUUCACUAUUCAGUUGAAAUGCGGAUGAGUCUCAGCUCACACAUGUCUCACUGUAAUGUCAUGCAUACAGUUUAAUUGGUCUCGUCAUUCAAGAGGUAUACAAUCUCACUCUGACUUUCUCAUCGCUCUCAUAACUUGAACUACAACUCCAUCUUGCAUACUCAUACAACUUCUCUUCAUCCAUGGCUUUUGAAAUCCAGCAAUUCCUCACUUCUGGCAGGCUCCAGAAGUCCGACUUCACUCUCUCGCAUUCCGCCUGCGAAUCCAGCGUCUCUGAUGCGGUCAUGUCUUCCUUCUCCAUCGUCCCCCAGGACAUUUCACCCCACACCUCUCGCUUUUCUGCAUACUCCAACGACUCAUCUCCUCAUAAAUUCAAGCGCAGGCGCUCCAGACGCUCUUCCAAGGCGGAGGCGGCUGUGAACCUGCUUGAAGAUGCCAACAAAUGUAACCCUUUGGCUCUCGAAACUCUUGCUAGCCUUUCCUCGAACUGGCUCAACCUGUCCUUCGCGGACCGCACUCCUACCUUUCGGUGGAUCAUUUUACUGCUGUCAUGGCAGCUGUCCACGAGGAUUUACAAGCUGGAUCAGCCGUCUGCUCGACCCAGCCCACGCCCGUACAAGCCAACGAGGAGCCCUCCGGAUACGUGCGAUACGAAGAUGAUCCCUUUACACUCAGCUGUCCGUGGGACGAUGAUGGGCAGACUCACCUAGACGACUGGGUCAAAUGGGACGAAUGGCGGCGGGAAGAUGACGAAGUUUUUUUCCCAACCCGCGACCAGCACAACUACGGAGCUAUUGGCCAG